AGCAUCAUUAACCUCCCUGGCGGUAUUCCCGAGUGUAGCUCGGGGUAAAGUUUCAGCACCACAAGCGGUAACCCUGAGCUACACUCGGGAAUGCUAUGCGGCGUUGCUCCGGGAUCUCUUCUGCACUUACCUUGUCCUGCGCUCCUGCGAUGUCUCUCCUGCAGUGUCCCCGGCAAUCUCCUCUGGCCGAUGCCAGCAUCUGUCUUCCGGGUUCUGGUCCCUGCGACAUCGGGACGUACGGGGAUGGAACUGGCAGGAAAUUUGAAAAUUUUAAAAGUGACAUUCACUAAAAUCACUAAAAUCACAUAGUAAAACAUUACUUUACCAAACCAUUUCACAUACAU